AUGAUUUCAGAUUUGAAGUCUCAGCUGUCAACACAGUUUGAGAUGAAAGAUUUAGGUGCAACAAGGUAUAUUCUAGGAAUGGAGAUCAUAAGAGAUAGAGCUCACAGAAAGCUUUGGAUCAGCCAGAGAAAGUAUGUUAACUUUGUGUUGGAGAGAUUCAACAUGACAGAUUGUAAACAGUUAGUUGUUCUUGUUCUACAAGGGAUGAAGCUUUCUGUGGAAGACUGUUCAAAGUCUCCUACUGAGAUGGAGGACAUGACCAGAGUUCCUUAUGCAAGUGUUGUUGGUAUCCUAAUGUAUGCUAUGGUCUGUACGAGGCCAGAUAUUGCACAAGCAGUGGGAGUCCUUAGUCGGUUUAUGGCUAAUCCUAGACGGGUGCAUUGGGAUAUGGUGAAGAGAGUGUUUAGAUAUUUGUGGGGUACUUCCAAGUAUUCCCUAUGUUUCCAUGGUGAUCCUACUAGACCUCAACAUUCCUUGAAUAUUUGUGGAUAUGUGGACUUUGAUUGGGCAGGUGACAUUAAUAGCAGAAGAUCCACCAGUGGAUAUGUAUUCACGAUGUUUGGUGGUGCAGUAAGUUGGAUGAGCAAGUGGCAAGCUAUGGUCGCUUUAUCUACAACUGAAGUUGAGUACAUGACAACUACUCAUGCUUGCAAAGAGGUCAUUUGGCUUAAGAGACUAUGUUCGGACAUUGGUUUUGAUGCGGGACAGAUCAUUAUCUGUUGUGACAGCUAG